CGGUCAGUUGGCAACCCUAAGGGCAGGAUUGCAUAUUAAGAGCAAUGUAUUAUUAAAUGUAAUAAUAAUAAUAAUAAAUUAAUAAUAAUAAUGCAGUGGAACAUCUCCAAGGAAAGUCUGGGCCGAACACAAGUCAGAUGUGUUGGUUCUUGCACAUACUUACUCCCAAGUAAGCAGCUUCACGAAAUUAAAAGACGCCUGCUUCUUGGGAGAAAAGCAAUGACAAACCUAGACAGCAUCUUAAAAAGCAGAGACAUCACCUUGCCUACAAAGGUCCGUAUACGGUAGUUAAAGCUAUGGUUUUCCCAGUAGUGAUGUAUGAAAGUGAGAGCUGGACCAUAAAGAAGGCUGAUCGCCGAAGAAUUGAUGCUUUUGAAUUAUGGUGCUGGAGAAGACUCUUGAGAGUCCCAUGGACUGCAAGAAGAUCAAACCUAUCCAUUCUUAAGGAAAUCAGCCCUGAGUGCUCACUGGAAGGACAGAUCGUGAAGCUGAGGCUCCAAUACUUUGGCCACCUCAUGAGAAGAGAAGACUCCCUGGAAAAGACCCUGAUGUUGGGAAAUAUGAAGGGCACAAGGAGAAGGGGACGACAGAGGGCGAGAUGGUUGGACAGUGUUCUUGAAGCUACCAACAUGAGUUUGACCAAACUGCGGGAGGCAGUGGAAUACAGGAGUGCCUGGCGUGCUCUGGUCCAUGGGGUCAUGAAGAGUCGGAAACGACUAAACGACUGAACAACAACAACAAGCAGCUUCCAGCUCAACAAAAACCCUGAACGCUGCACCCUCAAUCCUUCGCCACCAGGUGGCACCGCGGAGCCAAUAGGCCGCCUCGGGGAGGCGUGGGCGUGGUCCGGCCAAGCAGAGGCCGCCCUCCCUUUGUGACGUAGUGGGCGGGCGGGGCCCGUCCCAUUGUGACGGCUCCGCGAGGGGGGCGUGGCCCCCGCCUCGAACUUGCUCACUUUCCCCGCCGGCUGAUUGAGGCAGUCAUUCAUUCAUAAAGAAGAGGCGGCGGUGGGAGAGGCUGACAGCGCCUCCGUUUCCCCCCUUAACGCUUGGGAGCCGCUUCUUCCAGACGGACCGGCCUUUCCUCCCCAGCUUCGUUUUGUGGCUGCUUUGAAACCGAACCCCUCAAGAUGAAGAGGACCCUGAAUUUCUGCUCAGCCUUCAUCCUCCUGAUGGCCUUCUUCUGGCAUCAGGCACAAGCAUGCGGCAGUCAAGAGUACUGGAGUUCCAAAGGCUACUGUGUCCCUUGUGAAGGGUGUCCUCCGGGAGAGGAGCCAGACAGAACAUGUGGCUAUGGGAAAGGACUGGGGAUGAUUUGCAAGGCUUGCUCGGAGGGAUCCUUCUCUUCCAGCUACGGGCUGGAAUUCUGCUCGCCACAUACCCACUGCGAAGGCAAGAGGAGGGUCCAUGCCAGUCCUGGAACAGCUGCGGCAGACACCUUGUGCGGGGACUGCAUGCCCGGAUAUUACAGCCCCGAAGGUGAGACAGACCCGAACGCCACCUGCCUGCCUUGUUUGUCUGCCCCCAAAGGCCUCCCAGGAUGCUCAGGAUCCAGGAGGUGGCUGACCCGCCUGACACGCAACGCCGAGGCUCUGCAGAGGCGGGACAACAAAGCGGCUGCUAACAGCACCCGAGAGGGGAAGCCGGAGGAGAGCGCCACCCAGUACGCCGUCUUGGCCAUUGUCCCGGUUUUCUGCGUGAUGGGCCUGCUAGGGAUCCUCUUCUGCAACCUGUUGAUGAAGAAAGGCUAUCACUGCACCGCCCACAAGGACACGGACGAGGAGGGGGCCAAAUCCGAGAGGAACGGUGAGCCAGGGCAGGGCCAGGGCGGGAUGCAUACCUGCCAAGUUGCUGUCAGAGAAAUAAGGGACCGGGCCAGAAAUAGCAGACCGGAAGUAGCGCUGCCGCCAUUUUGGAACUGGGCGGAGCAUGCUCAGACUCUACGGGUCCCUUCUUACCUAACACAGGGCGACAGCUCCAGCUUCAGCAGCGGCUGGUCAGGGGGGCUGAGAAAGCACAAGGCCUUGCACAAAAGGUUUCCGGUUGAGGCAAGACAGAGACGCUGCUUGGAGCCCAGCAGCACAGCCAGAUGCAAGCCACAAGGCUGCCCGCUGCACUCCCAAGCCUGUCCCACUGUCCCACUGGGAGAUGUGCUAGCUGGCAAACCAUGCUCUGCUUCAGCUGUUUGCCUGGGCUCCUUGCCGGGGCUGCAAGCUCUGUCCCAGCCGACCUCCAGCCACUUGAAGCUUGCACCGCUCCCAGAAUCUGCCUCCAGCAACACCCAGGGACCAAGGCAGGAUGCUGACUUGUCAGGAACCAACGGCUGCUUCCUGGGCACAGAUCUAACCACCCAGCAGAGGUCUCUACCUGAAAUCACGAGGUGA